AUUGCCUUGCCCACAAACAACAACAGCAACAUCCCACAAAAGUGCUUUUACAAUUUGGAUUCCUCCCCUUUCCCACAAAUGGUACCAACAAAGUGUAGCCACAGAUUCUUCAAGUUUCGUACCCCAUCUUCCACUACACCACAAUCUCUCUGAUUCUUCAAAACUUUUGACAAUUUCUCAAACUGCCCCUCCCAAAAACCCACCAACCAUUCCUUACUCCUCAAUUCCCCACACAAACACAACUCUCCCUUUCCAAGUUUCAAACUUUCUUUCCAUUUGCCUCUGAAAUUUGACAUCUUUUUAAAACCCAAGUCCCAAAUGGUUGCCAACAAGUACGAGGGGGCCUCUCGCGCCAUGGUAGUGGGUAUGGGUUGGAUUAUGCUGAGGAUUGACUACUCGAGGCUCUUCUGGCUCUUGUUUGGUGUCUUCUCUUAUGAAAACCACGAGGGAAAGCCUCGGAUUUGAUUUCCCAAAUUUCCCAUUUAAUUUUCCCACCACACCCUUUUGAUAAUUUAUAGCAACCUUUAAUUUGUUUCUAGUAAUCACCUGCUCUCUGGUUUGUUCAUCAAGCAAAAGAAACAACGUUUGCUUGGGAAGUCAGUUGCUGGAAUCCUCGAACAUGUCGAUGGCAGACAAGACUGGCUAUGUUGAAAUGGAUCCUACUGCGAGAUAUGGUCGGUUUGAAGAAGUUCUUGGCAAAGGAGCAAUGAAAACAGUGUACAAGGCAAUUGAUGAGCUGCUUGGGAUGGAGGUGGCAUGGAAUCAGGUAAAACUUAACCAAGUUCUUCGCUCACCAGAGGAUUUGCAACGGCUUUACUCAGAAGUUCACCUCCUCAGUACCCUCAACCACGACUCCAUAAUUCGGUUCUACACCUCCUGGAUCGACAUUGAGCACAGAACUUUUAACUUCAUUACUGAAAUGUUCACAUCGGGGACGCUAAGAGAGUAUAGGAAGAAAUAUAAUCAGGUAGACAUCCGAGCCAUAAAGAACUGGGCCCGCCAGAUCCUUCGGGGUCUUUUAUAUCUGCAUGGACAUGAUCCUCCAGUGGUCCAUAGAGAUCUUAAGUGUGACAACAUCUUUGUUAAUGGGCACCUUGGGCAAGUCAAAAUUGGUGAUUUAGGGCUUGCAGCAAUUCUCCGUGGUUCCCAAUCUGCUCACAGUGUCAUAGGCACUCCAGAGUUCAUGGCACCAGAACUAUACGACGAAAAUUACAACGAACUAGUCGAUGUCUAUUCAUUUGGCAUGUGUGUAUUAGAGAUGCUUACAUCUGAAUACCCAUAUAGUGAGUGUGUCAACCCUGCACAAAUCUACAAGAAAGUGACAGCGGGGAAGCUUCCAGGAGCAUUCUACCGGAUUGAAGACUUGGAAGCACAGCGAUUUGUUGGCAAAUGCUUGGUAAAUGCUUCAAAGAGAUUAUCAGCUAAAGAAUUAUUACUUGAUCCAUUUCUCGACUGUGGUAAAGAUGAAUCAUUGCCUUUGGGAAAGCUUGGACGCCCAAAGCCAUUUUUAAACGACAAAGAAAUGGAGAAGCUGCAAUUGAGUGAUCAUCCAACCAGGACUGACAUGACAAUCACGGGGAAGCUAAAUUCUGAAGAUGAUACCAUCUUUCUCAAAGUUCAGAUUGCUGAUAAAGACGGUUCUCUUAGGAACAUAUAUUUUCCUUUUGACGUAUUAAACGAUACACCAUUUGAUGUUGCAACGGAAAUGGUCAAGGAAUUGGAGAUCACUGAUUGGGAGCCAUUUGAAAUUGCUAAUAUGAUUGAAGGGGAGAUAUCUGCUCUUGUACCAGAUUGGAAACCUGAAGCCUACCACACAUUUAAGUAUCAAGAUGAUGACAAAAAUGGACCUCACCGUCCUUCUGACUCUCACUGCUACUCAUCAUCUCGCUCGUCAUUAUCUGGCUUGAUCAAUUCUCAUGGCAUUAAUGGAAUGACAAGUGGCUGCGAUUCACUCCAAGAUGAUUUGCCUGACGAGACCAGCUCACAAAGCUCAUCACAUUUGGUAACAUCUCCCAACGUAAGUUUCAUUUCUGCCAAUGAGCAUAGGACUAAGAUGUUCCCCACAGGAGGAGACAAACAUCCCAUAUCAAAAUGUCACAAGUCCACAAGGUUUUGUCCCGAAGAAACACGCAAUGCUGGGAAGUCUAUAGCGAAAAAAUAUUUCGAGAGAUGCAAAGCUUUUCUAGCAUCUGGUUCAAAGGAUAAAAGGAUCAUGGAUAGCCAAAAAUUGACGAGGAAUAGGUCAUUAGGAGACACAAGAAGCCAACUACCACACCGGUCUGUGGUUGAAGAGGUGAAUAGGAAGCGCUUGUUUAAGACGGUGGGAGCUGUGGAAACUAUUGGGUUUCAAGCGCCUUGUGAGAUUUCAAAGAAGUUGUAGAACCCGUUAGCUGUUGUUUGUUUUGUUAUACAAGAACCACAAGAAAUGAGAAUGGUAAAUUACGCCUGUUACUUUUUACAUUUCUCAUGAGCAGUAAACUCAGUAAGGGAGGAAUGGAAAUUUUAUUUCCCAAUCUGGAGAUACAAGAAAUGACAGUUUACUGUCUUGAUUGCUCCCGAUAUGGCGGGAAUAGUUGUCAAGCCACAAGCAAGGACAAAGUUAUACGAAUGAAUUUGUGGACCACUUCAAGAAUCUAGUGACUUGUAUGUUGUAAAAAAUUUUGUGCAGAAGGAUUGUAAUUAUGCUUCCGUAAUGUCUUCUAUAUCAGGAUAAAUGCUUAGUCUGUUAGGUUCUUAAAUGUGUUGAUGCCCUUUUGUUUUA